CAUUCUGUACGGACAUGAUCGCACUUCCGCUCCCCAUGAUACCGGAGAGAAGUUCUGACAGCUGAGGUUCCACUCGGGUCAUUCCCGGCCCCGGUCCCUUCCCCAAAAUCACCCUUUAUCAUUUGCAUCCGCGAUUGCCUCAAUUAAUCGCCGAGUGGCGUUUGGGCGAGUGAGUGAGCGGGGGGCGUCCGAUGAUGCUGUAGCAGGGGCUGCUAGCUUCGAUUUUACAGGCGUUUGAGCAGGGGGCGGGGCGGAGCACAGCAGCGCCUGCAGUAGCCAUGCUGACGCUGACCAGCAAGCUGAGGAGGAACGAUGGCGGGCAGACGAGCCAGGCCGGCGGAGUCUCGGACGCCACCCUCAGGGUCUCCAUCAGGGACCGUCUCCUUACCAAAGAAGUUGCCGAACUUGAAGCCAAUCUUCCUAGUACAUGCAAAGCCAAUUUCCCAGAUGAGGACAAGUUGCACCAUUUUCAGCUGGCCGUGUCUCCGGAUGAAGGCUACUACCAAAGUGGCAGGUUUCAGUUUGAAAUAAAUGUGCCCGAAGCCUACAACAUGGUGCCUCCAAAGGUGAGAUGUCUGACCAGAAUAUGGCAUCCAAACAUCACUGAGAACGGAGAGAUCUGCCUAAGCCUUCUGCGUGAGCAUUCGAUUGACGGCACAGGGUGGGCCCCCACCAGAACCUUAAAGGACGUGGUUUGGGGAUUGAAUUCCUUGUUCACUGACUUGUUGAAUUUUGAUGACCCGUUAAACAUCGACGCAGCGGAACAUCAUUUGAGAGACAAGGAGGAUUUUCGCAGCAAAGUUCAAGAUUACAUUAAGCACUACGCCAGAUGAUAGCCGAGGCAUCGGGCCGCAGCGAAUCUGCUCGCGCUGCUCGCUCCACCUUUGCCUCAGCUUUUCUCAACACUGAAUGGGCAGCGUCAGCGGCUGACCGGCCAGUCGUCUCCAACGUCUCGCCGCGUUCACCUUCAUCGCAAUAAACCUCCACGCAAACCAUCACGGGAAACGCAUCAUUUGAGCAAGGACACAAAGCUUUAUGCUUUCAUUAUUCUUCGGGAGGUGACGGCGACGCGCCGGCCCAACGCCGCUGCUAGCUUGACGCCAAGACAGCCAACAUCUUUUUGUGUUUGGUUUUGCUUCCGAGUAAUGAAUCAAGAGGUUUAUCAUUUAUGUGCGUGCUCAGUUCCAGUGCCUGCAGUGUUUGUGUUGGCAGAAAGAAAAAGAAAAAAAAAUGCAUGUGAGUUGACAUGAUGUCACGGAAAGACAUUUACACGUUUGCGGACACCUUCCGUGCUACACGCUAGCAAGCCAGACAGCGUUUGAAUGAUCAGCAACGUAGCGUCCUCAGCUCUUGUCCUGCACACACACACACAAACACAUUUCGAUCUGCUUUUUUUUUUUUUCUCGUCGUUGACGUCUAUGUGCAAAAUGGGAGACUUUUCACAUCUUGUCAUUGCUAUUUUCACAUUUCCCCCCAUGAGUCUCACAAACUGCGAAAAUGUAUCACUGAGGAGAAGAUAAAACACAAGAAUACUGAAGUCAGUGUUAAAAAUGAGUUGGGCAGUCGUGCUCCAAGGGCAACAAUAAAUGACCUGCAAGUGUUUUCUUCCAAA